GGGCGGUGCCUGCGGAGGGGAGGGGAAGGAUUUUCCAGGAAGUGGCCAUAUUGGAUCCAUUCAGCCGCAUCCAGGGGCGGCGGGGAGAGCGGCUCCAGCCCCGGCCAUGGCCGCCACCGACCUGGAGCGAUUCUCGAAUGAAGAGAAGAGGAACCUUUCCCUGGGGGGCCAUGUGGGCUUUGACAGCCUCCCCGACCAGCUGGUCAGCAAGUCUGUCACCCAAGGCUUCAGCUUCAACAUCCUCUGUGUGGGUGAGACUGGGAUUGGGAAGUCCACCCUGAUGAACACCCUCUUCAACACCACUUUUGAGACAGAGGAAGCCAGUCACUACGAGAGCGCCGUGCGCCUGCGGCCCCGCACCUACGAGCUGCAGGAGAGCAACGUCCACCUGAAGCUGACCAUCGUGGAUGCUGUGGGGUUUGGGGACCAGAUCAACAAGGAUGAAAGGCCCAUCGUGGAGUACAUUGAUACACAGUUUGAAAACUAUCUGCAAGAGGAGCUGAAGAUCCGCAGGUCCCUCUUCAACUACCACGACACCAGGAUCCACGUCUGCCUCUACUUCAUCACCCCCACGGGACACUCCCUCAAAUCCUUGGACCUGGUGACCAUGAAGAAGCUGGACAGCAAGGUGAACAUCAUCCCCAUCAUUGCCAAAGCAGACACCAUCUCCAAGAGUGAGCUGCACAAGUUUAAGAUCAAGAUCAUGAGUGAGCUGGUCAGCAAUGGGGUGCAGAUCUACCAGUUCCCCACUGACGACGAAGCCGUGGCAGAGAUCAACUCGGUGAUGAAUGCCCAUUUGCCCUUUGCUGUGGUGGGCAGCACAGAGGAGGUGAAGGUUGGGAACAAACUGGUGAGGGCUCGGCAGUACCCCUGGGGAGUGGUGCAAGUUGAGAAUGAAAGUCACUGUGACUUCGUGAAGCUGCGGGAGAUGCUGAUCCGGGUGAACAUGGAGGACCUGAGGGAGCAGACCCACACCCGUCACUAUGAGCUCUACAGGAGGUGCAAACUGGAGGAGAUGGGCUUCAAGGACACUGACCCGGACAGCCAGCCCUUCAGCCUCCAAGAAACGUACGAAACCAAAAGGAAAGAGUUCUUGGGCGAGCUCCAGAGGAAAGAGGAAGAAAUGAGACAAAUGUUUGUUAACAAAGUCAAGGAGACAGAGGCAGAGCUGAAGGAGAAGGAGAGAGAGCUGCAUGAGAAGUUUGAGCACUUGAAGAGGAUACACCAGGAGGAGAAAAGGAAGGUGGAGGAGAAGAGGAGGGAGCUGGAGGAGGAGAUGAAUGCCUUCAACAGGAGGAAAGUGGCCGUGGAAACCUUGCAGUCCCACUCCUUUCAGGCUACCUCACAGCAGCCCCUGAAGAAGGACAAAGACAGGAAAAAUUAAUCACACACAGACUUGCAGGCCAAGAGUGGACUUGGUGCUUUUCAUGUGUUAAGUUGCUUGAGUUUCCCACCCUGUGACCCUUCUCCUAACACUGUGUGAAUGGACCAAAGUGAAAAUGAGCAUCUCCAGUGGUUGCACUCCUCGCUCUUCCCUGCCCAGAACUUGUUUGAAAGAAGUUAAAAAGUGUAAAGAGGUUUUUCAAGAAGUAACCUUACCAUGUCUAGUUUGUUAAACAGAACCAACUAAUCCCCCAAGGAAGAUGUUUGGUCCUAAACCCUGAGCAGCUGUGUGUAAGGUGACCAUAACCCUUUGCCUAAACUCAUCUUCUCCCCCAGCUAAAUCCUUGAUUUUUAUUUUUUUUAAUGUUGAUUUGGGGUUUAAUUGGCUCAGGCAAGUGCUUGAGGUUCAUCUCCCUUCCCUUCCCCCUGCGUGGAGUGGUGUGAAGGAUGCUGGAAAGUUUCUUUUUCUGACAAUAAUCUCCAGGUGAAGAAGUUUGGAGAAGGGGUUGGAAACCACAAAGCUCUGGGAGGCUUAGGCUGAGUAACCCUCAUUCCAGUAAUUAUAUAUUUUAAUCCUGAGUUACACUUUCUACAUCAUUUAUAAUAUAUAUAUAUAUAUAAAUAAAGAGAGAGGAGAGUGGUUAAUGAAGUUCUGAGGACAAUGUUUUGAUUUUACUGCUCAAGUAGAACGUUUAUAGAGAGGUUUUUUUUUGUUGUCUAAUGUGGAACUACAGGCUCUGUGGAACUCCUCACAUGUACCAAUGUAUUUCACUAUUUAAGCCAUCAUCUCUGCUUUUACUCUUUCACCUUAAACUUAUUCUGUGCCUAAGCAGGAGAAUUCCCUGAUCCUGAGCUCUGUUUCUGCCCAUUUCACUCUCCUCACACCUCCUUUUCCUGGGCAGCCAAGCUCAGAGGAAUAACUAGGAUCAACUUAUUUUUUAAUUAUUUUUUUUGGUUUCCACUCAAACCACCUUGUGAUAAGGCAGGAUGAGAACUGAACUGGGACUUAGUAGCUCUGGUGUCAUGGGAAAACACUUGGAGCCAAUUCCAGGUGUCAGGUAAAAGGCAAAAAGAAGGCAAAGCUUUUAUUAUAUUAACCCCUGCAGAGGGGGUAAAAAGAGUGGCUGGCUAAGUGUUGGUUGGGAGUGUCUGUGUUUUAUUUUGUUAUUAAUAUUGCAGGAUUUCUGAUGGUUUAUUAUUAUUAUUUUUGUCUUUACAAAACUUGUCUUUGAGCCAUGGUUUCAGCAAGUACUUACCCCCCCUGCUCUUUGGGGGCAGAGUUUUGCUGGACUGCUCAGCCAGGUUCUUUAGCAUUAAACAGCUUUUUUUUUUUUGGCUUAUGUCUCCUAAAAAAAUAUGCUCAGGUGUUAAACUUUCCAUAUGGCUCUUGGCCUUUGGGAUUGGGCAUCCAGAAAAUCCCAGGGGUGCAUGGAAGAUGCUCACGGAGACCUCGUGGGCACCUCCAUGGGCAGGAUGGGUUUCAGAGAGGAAAAAAAACCCUUCCCUUACUGGGAGCCUGCUGGAAGCUGAACAUUCCCAUUUUCCAGGCUGUGCCCCCCAGGUUGGGUGGGAUUUGGGGUUCAGUACCAACCCCUGGGAAGGUUGAUGUGGAGUUCUUGGAGCAACGGAGCCGAAACCCAACCCGGUGUUGGUGCAAGGACCUCUCAGCUCCCCUGAAAAGGAGGGGCAGGAUUGGCAUUGAUUUUUCUUUUUAUUAUUAUUAUUUUUUUUGCUCAUGAGAAACCAUUGGUUUGCUUCUCAAGGCCAGGCUGGGAUGAAGCUGGGGACAGAGGGUGUGCAGACACGUGGCUCUUCCAGUCCCCACCUCGUGCUGCACCAGCAGCUGAUUCCCCUCUGGCUCAUCACAGAUCAAUUAGUUUUUCCCAGAGUAGCAGGUUAGUGACAGGUCAGGAUGGUCACCAUGAAAGCAUGGAAACCCCCUUCAAAUGUCCAGCUUUUUUCCUGCUGGAGACAUUCAGGAUGGAUGGAACAAGAUUUGAAUUGUGAUUCUAAUCCAUACAUUGACCUCCUCUUCAGAGUCCCCUUAGAGCAGUAGCAGCAGCAGCAUCUCCCCAGUGGGGCUAAAGAAUGAUUUUUUUUCCCCUCCAAUACUUGAUUUUUUCCCUUAUUUCUUUUUAUUUACUAAGUUAUAAAAGCCUGGUGAUGCUAAAUCCUCCUCCAGCCUGAAUAUUUCCAGCUUGUAGGCUGGAAGUGAAAGAAAAACCCUUCAGAAAGCUGGCAGAAGCUGUUCAGUUGCCCAUCUUUCAGCUGGUUUGUACAUUUAUCCCCACAAGGUCUGUAUUCUGUAUUACUGGGAAAAAUGAUCCAUUUUUAAAUCAUUUAAACAUUUGCUGCCAUCUCCUGUAUGUGCUCUGCUUUCUAAUUUAAUUUUCCAGAUGUGUUGGGUUUGUUUUGUAUUAUUUCUUUUUGGUUUCCUUUUUUUUUUUUUUUUUUGACUUUCAAAUCCUUCCACUCACUUUGUAAUUUUUUUUUUCUUUCAUUAAAUCUCACGUGUAUU